CAACCAGCCAAACGGCCGAGGUCGACGGGAGGGGCCAGCCACGCACGCUGACUGACUGACAGGAGCAGAGGAGGAGCCAUGGGCCAUGGCAAGAUGGGGAGAAUAGUCCAUGUUUCCUGCUAUAUUCCAAACGAGCCCUACGAGCCCUGUCGCUCGGCUGUGGGCCCUGCGGCACCCCUCCUGUUAUUUGCCUCACGCAUCAGUCAAUAUCUAAUAACCCGCUGCCAGCCACAUAUCAAACAGACUGUCGGGCUGUCAGGCUGUUGCAGUGUCUGUCUACGUACUUGUUCAUUACCUGAGGUUACUCACACACAUCUGUGGUCAUUCAUCCAUCACCGCACCCAUCAGUUCUAUAUCGAUACGGAGACAAGAUCGGCGCAGCUGCAGCCCGCGCCAACCGUGCUUGGAUUACACGCUACGACGGCUGCUGCACAUGCAUGCACCUCUCUUGACCCUGUGCUGAGCCAGCCCAUCCCGUCAGCCCGUGGCAGGUCCAGACGCGUUCGCCUAGCGUCAGGAGCUCCCGCUCCCGCGUCGCAGAAAAAGGGGCCAGGGAUCCGGGCUUGUUUGAUUGACACCCCCGUCGCUGCCCUCUCCAGGCCAAGGGCAGCCCUUAAGACCGGGUCAGAGGACAGCCCUUCCCUGACAGCUAUUAUUACCACUGCUGCUACAAUUACGACUGCUACAACAAAGCCACCCCAGGCAGAACAAGGCGCCCACGACAGCUUCGCAACGGCUGAGGCCAGCUCAUACCUUCCCCUUCCGGGACCUUCCCUCGCCUCGCCUCACUCCUUCUCUCCUACGAACAAACAAAACAACAACAACACCUCAGAUCCCAGCACCAGCACGAGGGGCAGCCUCCCGGCCUUGCUUGCUCCUUCUCCCACGACCACCCAAGCAACCUACCUCCAUACCGAAACCCCACCCGUACCGGCCGUGUUCGAGCCCGCCUCUCUCCUCGACAGCCCGCCAAGAUGAGCGUCAGGAACCUCCGGGCCAUGUUCGAGAACAAAACUCAGGAAAGCCCGCCCGACCGUGGGCGAUCACCUGGUGUGUCUUCGAGUGCAAAUGAAUCAAUCUCCGGAACCGAGUCGCCCCGUCCCCUUUCCAAGGUCCGGACGAGCUUCGUGGCAAUCGAGAAGGACGGCCGCAUAGGGCUCCAGCAGCGGGACCCCAGCGAGGCCUCGAGCGUGUCGGGCAGGAAACUCAGUCAGGACACCGAGGCGGGGUCCUCGGUCCACCCGGACAAUAUCAGCACGAUCGCCUCUUCAACGACGACUACCAGCCAUGCAGAACCACCCAAAGAAACCGCCAGCCUCGCCCCCGGCGACCCACCAAAGGGGCUCGCCGCGUCCCCGCAGAUCAAAGAAGACCCUCGCGCGAGGAAAUCCGAUUUUGGCAGCCAUUCUUUGAAGAGUCAAGACGCUGUUGGUCCGCCACCCUCGGCUGGCGAGCAGGAGAAGAAAACAAAUGGGGUGAAGGCCGUGGAGGCCGUCGGAACACCGGCAAGGUCCACACCAGCAGCUUCGGAAACACCGGCGAAGCCCGCCGGCGACGAUGUAAAGAAGGUCAACGGCGCCAACGGCGUGAAUGCCGCUGAGGCAUCAGCAAAAUCCACACCAGCAAAGUCCACACCAGCUGCUUCGGCAAGACCAGCAGUGUCAGCUGCUCCGGAGAGAGUGCCCGUGACAAAACCAUCAACAGGGGCAUCGAAGCCGGCAGCAGUAUCAGCAGCGCCUGCCCGGAAGGUGACGGAUAAGGAGCUGGUCAUGUCUCCCGACCCAGUGCCGCAACCGAGAGCCGCCACCAGGCCAGCCAACAACAACACCACCACCACCACGACGUCCCACCCGCCAACGACGCCGAAAGCCGCAAGAGCAAGCACCACGGACAAGAAGGCAGUGCCGGCCAGCGUCUCCCCGGGCGGCUUCGUGAAGCCCAGGCCAAAGUCGCCAACGCGCCCCGUCAAGCUCCCCGCCAGCCUGACCACGCACACUACCGCCUCGGGGUCCAGGUCCAGGGUCCCCUCGGGCAGCGUCCCGCCCCCGCCCUCCCACGAGAACAACUCGGCCCGCUCGGCGAGCCGGACCAAGGCGCUGGGGCGCUCGUCCUCGGCGGCCGGGCGGCAGCGGCCCAGCUUCGGGCCGCCGCCCAAGCAGCCGGCCAAGGACCACCCCGUCGCCAAGAAGGACGCCAAGGUCGACGAGGGCUUCCUGGCGCGGAUGAUGCGGCCCACGCAGGCGAGCGCGUCCAAGAAGAACGAGAAGGUGCCCGUCACGCCGCCGCGGCGGCCGGCGGCGGGGGUGGUCAAGAAGUCGGCCAGCGCAAAGUCCGUCCCCGCGGCCAGGAGGCCCGCCGUGUCCAAGUCGACGUCCGCGGCUACCUCUGCGGCUCCCAGCCCCGAGAGGGUGGUGGUCAGGAAGGAGUCUUCGUCAUUGGCAGACAGGGAUAUCGCGACGGCCGUCGAGGACAUGUCGAUCGCGGUUCAUGAUGAUGCGCCGCCGAGGACCCCCGAGCGCGAGGCCACCAUCGCGGAGGAGCUGGAGGAGGACAGCAGGCCCGGCGAGGCGGGGGCGCUGGCCGAUGGCGACCACCACCACGAGGAGGCGGAGGCGGAGGGGCCUGCGCCUGUGGAUGAUGGCCCGGGGGGCAACGGCAACGGCAAGGCGGCGGGGGCUCUGGAUGAGGAGGAGACGUGGUGAGGAAAGGAAAGGAAAGAAGAGGGAAAGAAAAAAAAAGGAAAAACGAGGGAGGGAGGGAGGGUGGUGGGAGUUAUGUCGAUGAAUCUGAUGUGAUGUGAUGUGGUGUGGUGUUUUUGUUCUAUUCAUUCUCGAUAUCCAUACAUGCAUGGCGAUCACGACUCUAGGGAAAGCGUUUUUGGGUUUUUUGGUUCUCGGGGAAUUUUGGUUUUCUCAUAUGAUACCUCCGGGGCAGCGGCGGGGGCAGCAGCAGCAGUGAGAGGGGGAAAGCACAAG